GAUUUACACGGGAUGUGUUGCCCUUCUCCACGACGUCAACAGUUUUCUCGACAAGUAGACAGAAAAUCAUGACUGAGAUCAUCCCAAUUCCUGAGCCCAAGGGCUGGCCCAUUAUCAAUCAUUUGGUAGGGGUCAUUGAUAACGAGAAUCCGACUGAGUCUUUCAAACAUCUAGCAGAGCAGUUAGGGAGGAUUUACAGGCUUCGUCUGAUUAAUAUACCCAUCACAUUUGUUUCUAGCUACAAAUAUAUAAAUGAGCUAUGUAAUGAGAAGAAGUUUCGGAAAGUCCCUGGAGGGAUAUUUAAGGAAUUGCGAGAUGCAGCCAACGAUGGAUUGAUCACGGCAUAUCUUGAUGAAGAGAAUUGGGGUAUCGCCCAUCGAGUGCUCAUGCCUGCAUUUGGACCCUCUGCUGUUCACGGCAUGUUCGAUGAUAUGCAUGAUAUUGCCGCCCAGCUCACCAUGAAAUGGGCCAGGUUAGGCAAGUAUGAAUCAUUUGUCCCAGCUGAGGACUUCACACGUCUCGCGAUGGAUACUCUGGCAUUAUGUUCCAUGGAUUAUAGAUUCAACAGCUUUUACGGGCGCGAGACACAUCCUUUCCUUGAGGCGAUGGCUAGAACACUUCUAAGGUCGCGUUAUCGUGCUCGACGCUUAAAUAUUCCCAUUGUUAAGUUUUUCUAUCAACAAGAGACGAAGCAGUGGUAUGAAGACAUCGCACUCCUGCGGGAAGUUUCGGAUAGCAUCAUACGUCAUCGAAUUAAACAUCCCAGUCCUCGAAAGGAUUUAGUCGCUGCUAUGUUAACGCACAAGGACCCAAUGACAGGAAAGGUCAUGACAGAAAAGAGCACGACUGACAACGCCUUGAGUUUUCUUGUCGCUGGACACGAGACAACUGCGGGACUGCUCUCUUUUACACUGUACUAUCUGCUCAAAGAUCCUCGGGUCUACAAUAAGGCUCGGGAGGAUAUCGAUAAUGUAGUUGGAGAAGGCCGCAUUCGAGUAGAGCAUCUUUCGAAAUUACCCUACAUCGAAGCAAUACUCCGCGAGGUCCUCCGGCUGGAACCACCACUGCCGGUAUUUUCGGUCCGUCCUUACGAAGAUACCUUGGUCGAUGGUCGCUUUCUCGUAAAGAAGGAUGAAGGUUGCGUUCUCCUCCUCAAGCAUGCUCAUCGCGAUAAGGAAGUGUACGGUGAGGAUGCGGAUGAGUUCCGACCCGAACGUAUGCUCGACGAACACUUCAACAAACUCCCACCCGGGGCCUUCAAACCCUUUGGAAAUGGACAAAGAGCAUGUAUUGGCCGAAACUUCGCUCUCCAAGAAGCAAACCUGAUGCUCGUCAUGCUUCUCCAGAACUUUGACCUCGCUUUGGAUGAUCCAUCAUACGAACUGCAAAUCAAACAGACCUUGACCAUGAAGCCCAAGAACUUUAAGAUUCGGGCUAAUUUACGAGAUGGAUUGACUCCGAUUACACUGCAGCAGCGAUUACUCUAUGGGACUUCGACUUUAACAGCAACUCAAGAAGCUCGCAAGGAAUUGCGAAAUGUUGCUGCAACGGCUCAAUUCAAGCCCUUGACAGUUCUCUAUGGAUCGAAUGCCGGCACUUGUGCACAACUGGCACAACUUCUAGGAUCACAUGCUCGUUCCCACGGUUUCAACGCCGUGACUAUCGAAACUCUCGACGCCGCAGUGGAAAAAGUACCCAAUGACCAUCCUGUCAUUUUCAUCACCACAUCCUACGAGGGUCAACCCACAGACAACGCCAAGCGAUUUUUCUCUUGGCUAGAGACGUCCUCGGGAAAAUUUCUUGACGGUAUCAGUUAUGCCGUUUAUGGUCUUGGACAUCAUGAUUGGGUUUCCACGUUUCACAAAAUUCCUAAGGCCCUGGACGCUCGAUUGGAGCAAGCUGGUGGAGAGCGUCUGCUUCCACUCCAACUUGAUGAUGUUGGUGACUCUGAUAUUUUUUCCGCCUUUGAUACAUGGGAGGAAGAUGUGUUCUGGCCAACAUUGGAGAAGCAGUAUGGUGUUAUCAACGCGAAUCAUGAGAGUCAUGAUGUUGAUGAACUUGAUACUAAGCUAGUGAGCCUUCGAAAAACGACCUUGAGCUACUUUGUCUCCGAAGCCCAAGUUGUCAGCUCCAAAAUCUUGACUGCCCCUGGUGAGCCAGUCAAGAAACACCUCGAGAUUAAGUUGCCAGCCAACAUGCCAUAUCAAGUCGGGGAUUAUCUUCUUACAUUACCGAAAAAUCCCCCUGAGACAGUCGAACGAGUGUUGAAGCAUUUUCAAAUCUCUCGCGAUACUCAGAACAAUACAUUUCCUAGGAUUGAAUCCUAUACUCUCACCACCGUGGAAUCAAUCGAGUCGUAUGUAGAGCUGAGCCAUCCCGCCUCGAAAAAGGCCAUGGCAGUACUAGUUGACGCUACAAAGAACGAGCAAGUCAAACAAAAGCUACAAGAGAUGGCUAUGGAACUGUACUCAUCUGAGAUUGAGAGCAAAUACAUUUCUGUUCUGGAUUUGCUCGAGGCGUUCCCUGGCAUUGAAUUAUCAUUAAAUUCAUUCUUGGCACUCCUUCCACCACUCAAACUUCGUCAAUAUUCCAUUUCGUCCUCUCCAUUGUGGAAACCAAAUCACGCCACCUUAACUUUUUCCCUCUUGGAUGCGCCGUCACUGGCACACCAAGGACGACAUCAUGGUGUAGCAACUUCGUAUCUCAACUCCUUGCAGAAUGGAGAUUCCGUCCGCGUUGCCGUCCGACCGUGUCACGAUGCUUUCCGACCCCCACUUAUCACGGAAGAUACUCCUAUUAUCAUGAUCGGCGCCGGUUCCGGCCUUGCACCCUUCCGCGGCUUUAUUCAACAACGAUCACUUCUCACUCUCAAUGGCGCCAAACUCCCAAAAGCAUAUCUAUUUCAAGGCUGUCGGGAACCUGGAAACGAUGAUAUCUAUGCUGAUGAUUUAUCAACGUGGGAGGAUGAAGGGGUUGUCAAAAUUCAUCGUGCGUAUAGUCGCACACCUGAGAAAGCGGGUGGAUAUAAGUAUGUACAGGAUGUGGUUCUGGGAGAGAGUAUGAAGAUUGUUGAGUUGUGGAAGGAGGGGGCGAAGUUGUAUAUUUGUGGGUCACAUAAAAUGGGGGAGACUGUCGCAGAAGCGGUGCAGAAGAUUCUUUCUGAGGCUGAUCUUGUGGAGGGGGAGAAUGUGAAGUGGUGGUGGGAGAAGAUGAGGAAUGACAGGUAUGCAGUUGAUGUAUUUGAUUAGAUUAUCAGUCGGUAUAUCCCAAGAUAAUACUGCAUGUAGGCUGGGAAAUUUUGAUGAACA